AUGGUUCGAUGGUAUUCAGCCUUUGGAGCCAACUUUCAACAUGAAUGGACCCCAAGGAAAGCUUAUAUCCGUGGCUACUCUCCUGUCACUGAGCCAGCACCUAGUCUCAUGGCUAUUACCCGGGUUGGAGAGCCAACUCCGAUCUUUGGGCCAGAAGCAGCCCAGCCAACUGUCUAUACAGACAAUCCCCAGGAAGCUAUCAAUGCCCCAGACGCAUCUGAUACCUCUGAGCAGCUAGGGCAUCGCAGUAGGCAUACUGCACGUAUACUCUUUGCGCCUGCAGAGUGGUCAGAUGAUGAGGGCAACAAUACCUCCGUCGCCUUGUCCUCUGCUGCCUCGCCCUCUGCUGCUUCGCCCUCUGCUGCUUCGCCCUCUGCUGCUUCAUCUUCUGAUGAUGAUGACUUGGUAUAA